AUGUCUGAUAGUGGCUCCACCAUGGAAUAUUCCCAGGCGAGCAGGACAGGAGCGAAGAGAAGUCGAGACGAAUCGGACGAUGAGGAGAGAAAACCGAGUGCGUCAGAUGACCAGCCUGGAUCUGUGCCAGAGACGCACCAGGCGACAACCUCGGACGCAAGCAAAGACCAGAAAGGUAAUCCUGCGAAGACAAAGUCCGGGCCACCAGACGAUGGAAGUGAACCGGAGUUGCUGGACGACAGCAGUGGCGCAAAUGACCCGUUUCCAGGUGCUGGAUGUCAGACCAUUGCCAAAAUCAGCACGGCCCGUCGCACUCUGUAUGUCAAUCGCUACGGACCACGACGGUACCCCUGGUUCGUCAUGAGUAGCAACUUACGACUGAAAGAUGGUACCAAGGAAGAAGAGCUACCCAACAUCGCGAACGCAUAUGCGCGAACAUUGGACCAACCCAUCGACAUGGCAGACAAGGUCAAGGCCGGCAAGAAGUUUGGGAAGAAAGACAUCCAAGGUGUUCUGGGUGUGCUCUGGGACUUCGACGAGAGACAGAAUCCCUUGCGCGCCGUGGAAUCCCUGAACCCCAAAAUGGUCAAGAAGGGACUUGAUAGUGCUCGUGAGCGACGUGAGUACCUGAACAAGGGCAGACGACUUCCAGCAUACCCAACUACCUACGUCUGGGUGAAGUUCACGAGACCCAUCAACGAGGUGGUAGGAAGGGAACAGUCAUCGGGUGUGGUCAGCAGCUGGGAGUUGGGCAGUAAGUAUCGCAGUGCCUUCGGCAAGAAUCACAUUGCCCGUGAGCAGGACCUCUACCGAGAUGCCAGGCGCCAGGCAGAUCGUUUCAUCUCAUGGUACGAAGAGAAUGUCGUGCAAGAUCAGCGAGAAGGCUCCGUCUUGUAUGAAGAGUUCGACCGCGAACCCACGGUGGUACCACGGCGAGCGACGAGCGAGUCUCCGUCGGUGCUCAGUGAGCAGGCCAACGACCCGGACCGACCGCUGCCGACGAUCGAGGGUAAGCAAGCUGCUGAUCGCGUGGGAUCGACGAGCUUGAAGCAGACGAGCGGGCCAAGAAAACGUGUCCAAACCGUUCUGCCUACACCCGAAAACGACAGCGGGACUGAGAGUGUUGGUGGGGACGAGGGUGAGCUGACCGAGUUGGAGAAGCGAGAGAUGUUUCUCAUGGGCUUCAAGCAGCAGCGCAAAAUUCAGGGGGAUUUGAGUCCAAAGGAAAAGAAGAUGUUCGAUGUUGCCUUCGCAGCGUUCAACAUGGGCUGA